AUGAGGGGAACGGGGAGGGGGGAAUCGGAUGAGGGGAACGGGGAGGGGGGAAUCGGAGGAGGGGAAUGGGGAGGGGAUGAGGAGCACGUGGCGCUCGUGGGGGAGGUACAGCUGGGGGCGGGGGAAGGGGGAAGGAGAGGAGAAAGGGGGGACGGGGAUGAGAGAAUGGGGGGAAGGGAUGAGGAGGAUGUGGCGCUCUUGGGGCAGGUUCCCUGGGGAGGGGAGGGGAAGGGAAAGGGGGGUAAGCGGAGAAGUGGGGGGGGAGGGGAAGGGGAAGGGGGCACAAACCAGCGCACCUGGCGUGAACGGGGAGAAGGGGAGGGAGGGGGGGAACAAGAGGAAGGUCAGGAGGGAGCACGAGCAGGUGGGUACACGGGAGAGGUAGAGGGCGUGGGAGUGGUAGAGGGCGUGGGAGUGGUAGAGGGCGUGGGAGUGGUGGAGGGCGUGGGAGUGGUAGAGGGCGUGGGAGUGGUAGAGGGCGUGGGAGUGGUAGAGGGCGUGGGAGUGGUAGAGGGCGUGGGAGUGGUAGAGGGCGUGGGAGUGGUAGAGGGCGUGGGAGUGGUAGAGGGCGUGGGAGUGGUAGAGGGCGUGGGAGUGGUAGAGGGCGUGGGAGUGGUAGAGGGCGUGGGAGUGGUAGAGGGCGUGGGAGUGGUAGAGGGCGUGGGAGUGGUAGAGGGCGUGGGAGUGGUAGAGGGCGUGGGAGUGGUAGAGGGCGUGGGAGUGGUAGAGGGCGUGGGAGUGGUAGAGGGCGUGGGAGUGGUAGAGGGCGUGGGAGUGGUAGAGGGCGUGGGAGUGGUAGAGGGCGUGGGAGUGGUAGAGGGCGUGGGAGUGGUAGAGGGCGUGGGAGUGGUAGAGGGCGGCGUGGGAGUGGUAGAGGGCGUGGGAGUGGUAGAGGGCGUGGGAGUGGUAGAGGGCGUGGGAGUGGUAGAGGGCGUGGGAGUGGUAGAGGGCGUGGGAGUGGUAGAGGGCGUGGGAGUGGUAGAGGGCGUGGGAGUGGUAGAGGGCGUGGGAGUGGUGGAGGGCGUGGGAGUGGUAGAGGGCGUGGGAGUGGUGGAGGGCGUGGGAGUGGUAGAGGGCGUGGGAGUGGUAGAGGGCGUGGGAGUGGUAGAGGGCGUGGGAGUGGUAGAGGGCGUGGGAUUGGUAGAGGGCGUGGGAGUGGUAGAGGGCGUGGGAGUGGUGGAGGGCGUGGGAGUGGUAGAGGGCGUGGGAGUGGUAGAGGGCGUGGGAGUGGUAGAGGGCGUGGGAGUGGUAGAGGGCGUGGGAGUGGUAGAGGGCGUGGGAGUGGAGGAGGGCGUGGGAGUGGUAGAGGGCGUGGGAGUGGUAGAGGGCGUGGGAGUGGUAGAGGGCGUGGGAGUGGUAGAGGGCGUGGGAGUGGUAGAGGGCGUGGGAGUGGUAGAGGGCGUGGGAGUGGUAGAGGGCGUGGGAGUGGUAGAGGGCGUGGGAGUGGUAGAGGGCGUGGGAGUGGUGGAGGGCGUGGGAGUGGUGGAGGGCAUGGGAGUGGUAGAGGGCGUGGGAGUGGUGGAGGGCGUGGGAGUGGUAGAGGGCGUGGGAGUGGUAGAGGGCGUGGGAGUGGUAGAGGGCGUGGGAGUGGUAGAGGGCGUGGGAGUGGUAGAGGGCGUGGGAGUGGUAGAGGGCGUGGGAGUGGUAGAGGGCGUGGGAGUGGUGGAGGGCGUGGGAGUGGUAGAGGGCGUGGGAGUGGUAGAGGGCGGCGUGGGAGUGGUGGAGGGCGUGGGAGUGGUAGAGGGCGUGGGAGUGGUAGAGGGCGUGGGAGUGGUGGAGGGCGUGGGAGUGGUAGAGGGCGUGGGAGUGGUAGAGGGCGUGGGAGUGGUAGAGGGCGUGGGAGUGGUAGAGGGCGUGGGAGUGGUAGAGGGCGUGGGAGUGGUAGAGGGCGUGGGAGUGGUAGAGGGCGUGGGAGAGGUUGUUGCGAGUCAUGUAGGCGUGGAGUACAGACCAACGGACCUGGUCUGA